AGAAACGCUGUCAUUCGGAUUGUUGUUCAUGCUUCCAGUCUUAUUACACACAUUGUCUACGUUUGCUCCAAGGUCGUGGCCAGUAAACAAACCUCCACCUCUGUCCCCAGGUCCUGCUCCAGAGGGCAUCACAAACAAAAUCUUUGACAUCAGCAAAGGCCUGCAGGAGUAUCACAUCUGUCCAGACCUGAAGGUGGAUCUGUCCAAAAUUGGGAAGCAGACCUUUGAGGUGGACACUUUCAAGCCUUUCACAGUGGAGAUUGUUGACUCCGUGGAGGCCUACGCUGAGAUGCUGAGAGGCAUCUUUGACUUUGCUGCACUGAAGGAACUUCUGUCAGGAGCCAAUCACAUUAAUGUCCGUUUGGACGCUAUGCAUGGAGUGGUGGGUCCUUACGUUAAGAAAAUAAUCUGUGAGGAACUGGGAUCUCCUGCCAACUCCGCCGUGAACUGUGUCCCCAAAGAGGAUUUUGGAGGUCACCACCCUGACCCCAAUCUGACCUACGCUGCUGACCUGGUCAACACCAUGAAAGGAGGAGAAUAUGACUUUGGAGCAGCUUUCGAUGGUGAUGGUGUAAGUCAAACAAAGGGGA